UGCAAUCAUAUGUUAUAACCACAAAACCGUGUCACUGUGCGACACAGCGGUAGCGAGCGGGGAAUCUCCAACGGAGGAGGUAGGAAGACGCGGUUGUGACUCAUCACGUACGAAGAUUUUCCGAUGAAACUACACGAAGCGGCCUCGUCGGAUCGCCGGUAAUAUCCGAUUCCGCCUUGGAUCGUUACUUUCAUUCGCACCGAAUAGAGACGAGGGCCACCUCUAGAGUCCAAAAUCAGAGAAGGGCCUCGAGGAGCUUCGAUCUUGAUCUCGGAUUCUGAUUUAUUUAAUCGGCGAUUAAUUUAUCGAGCAAUAUUUUUAUGUGAACAAUUCUUCUUUUCUGUCACCCAACAUAUGGAAGAAUUACAUUUGAUCGAGCUUUACUUUCUGUAAAUUUCUCAACAAAUUUGAUCAUCUGUAUUAUAUCAGAGUAGUGCAUGUGAAAAGCUGCUAUACAUGAAAUUAUUUAAAUCAGUUUGGUCUUUGCGAGGCGAUGAUGAUCUCAAGGAAAUAUUUUGAUGAAUUGCACACUGUGCCCUGAAGGCACAUCUGCAAAGAGAUGGCUUAACUACCAAGAAACUCGACAAGUCAACGGUAACCUGGCAUUUAGAAAAAGUCUGUUAGAUGUCUAUGCAAAGAAAUGUUCUCUUUUGUACCUUGUUUGUAAUCUUAUUGCUAAUAGAAAAUAGUGAGAGCUGAUUGUCGAUGUAUCCGGAGAAAUGAUCUCCGGGUGAAAUGAAAUUAGUUGGACAUGAGAGCUUUUGAGGAAUGAGAUUAUAAGAUGACGAGCCGCUCGUGACAUCCGUGCCGCGUUUUAUAUGAUGAUGCGACUGAAUUUUAAGACAACCUUGCUUGUAUUGGUUGUCGCGACAUUAAGUUUUCUACUUGCGUCAUGGAAUAAUUGCGGAAGUCUGCUGUUUCAUACGGACUGGAAAGCCAAAUAUCAACACAAGGAUCGUUCGAAUAUAGAAUUGGGAUACCAAGAGAUAGAUUGUCAUAUAAACGGUGACUACUCUAUAGGAUGUCGCAAAGAAGGCGACGAAGUGUACAUACCAUUCUCGUUUAUUCACAAGUAUUUCGAGAUUUAUGGAAAACUAGCCACUUACGACGGUCUGGAAAGAUUCGAGUGGCUGCACAGUUAUUCAAAGAUCAUAAGCCCCAAGGGAAAGUAUGAUCCUCAUGGUGUAUUUAUGACUUUCGAAAAUUACAACGUCGAAGUUAGGGAUAGAGUCAAAUGCAUCAGCGGUAUCGACGGUGUACCAAUAUCAACGCAGUGGGAGAGCCAAGGAUACUAUUAUCCCACACAAAUUGCUCAAUUUGGAUUAUCACAUUAUAGCAAAAAUUUAACUGAGCCCGAACCACACAGGAAGACUAUCGAGGAUUCUGACAAAGUUAAACAAAACUGGAACGUUCCUCAAGGAUCGGUUAUGAGCAGAGUGUACGACAAGCAAGUUAAUAGUUAUGUCCUGAAAUUUGCUACGCCAGAAACGAGCACCUCCGGGAUUUCUCUAAAACUGGAUCACGUAUUGGACUUCGUGUUGAAGUGGGAUUUUAAUAUCAAAGAUAAUGGAAGUAUUACGGUUAUACUACAGUCGAGAGAAAAAAAAGAGAUGUACUACCUUCAUUAUGUUACUAGCAAUAUAGUAUUACAUAAUUAUAAUAAUCAUGUGCAUUAUGGAAUCGGACAGAUUAAUCAUCAGUGGAGACGUCUCACUAGAGAUCUCGUAGUUGACUUACAAAAAGGUCUUUAUUUAAACGAUAAAAGUAAGAAAAAGAUACCACGAUCUAAAUUGAAGGUAAUUAAAAUUACUUUAUACGGCUCUGGUAUGAUUGACAAUAUGACAUUAUCGACCAGCGAACAUAUGGAGCAGUUUUAUGAUGCGGCAAGGUGGUUCGUCGCCAAUCAAAAUAUUACUUCUGGUGGUUGGUCGAAUCCUGUCAGGAGAAAAGUAGCGCCUGGAAUGGCUAUUCUCGAGCCUGGAUGGUAUUCCAGCAUGGGCCAGGGUCAUGCGAUAUCAGUAUUAGCACGGGCCUAUUAUCAUUCUGGAGAAGUGAAAUACUUACAGGCCGCUAUCAGAGGCUUGCGGCCUUUCAGACUGACAUCCGCUAAAGGAGGAGUGGCUGCGCUCUUUCUAGGCAAAUAUGUCUGGUACGAGGAAUAUCCUACCAUCCCUUCUUCCUUCAUUCUUAAUGGUUUUAUUUAUUCGCUCAUCGGUCUCUACGACUUGAAGAGCAUUGCAAUGGGUAAGGACGCGGAAGAAGCAACUAGACUCUUUAAUCAGGGUAUGAUAUCGUUAAAAAACAUGUUAACAUUAUACGAUACCGGUUCAGGUACGACAUACGAUCUUCGUCAUUUUACAUUAAAAACAGCACCAAAUUUAGCUAGAUGGGAUUACCAUUCUACUCAUAUUAAUCAACUUCUUCUUCUCAAUUCUAUCGAUAACGAUCCUAUUUUUAUUACAACUGCAGAAAGAUGGAUCGGUUAUAUGAAUGGUAAAAGAGCGGCGCACAAUUAAACGCUUAUUUAGAUAGUAUUCCAUUCCUUUUGUUUCUUUAUUACAUUCUCUAUUUAUUUAAAUCAUUU